CUAUACAGCUGUCAUGGUGUCUCCCUCCCACAAUGCACCAGGUCUGUCAAAAAACAUGGCGGCGUCCGGAAGGCAUGCAGGGCAUUACAUCAACAAGAACAGUAGAUCUCUACUAAAUCACUUGGAUAAGUUGUUGGGACAAAGAGGGUUUGCUUUGAGUUCAGUUUUACGACAGCAAACAGCCACUCUUCAAAACGAUUCUACAGAGGCUAUUGUCAUUCCGAGAAAGAAAACAUGGGGAAAGGAAGCUGUGCUGGAGGCUCUGGCUUCCACUGUCAACCGGGACCCGACAGCAUACCACUACCAGUUCCAGGAUGACCCUUACUUAUCGCCAAGGACCUCUGCGGAGUCUAAGCUGUACUCCAUGUCCCAGGAGUCGGGGAGAGCUGCGGCCAAGUACUUUGUCGAUAUGUAUCCCAAAUACUUCACAAAGGACUUUGCUGAGCCGCAUAUUCCGUGUCUGAUGCCGGCCAGCGUGGCACUGAGUCUGGAGGAGGUGAGCGAGGAGGCGCUGAGGGAGAGGAUCGGCCUGCGCAAAGUAGGAGCUGCUGUGGAGAUGUACGAUCAACUCGUGCAAGCUGGCACCCCGAUCUCCGAGCAAAUGACCUAUGACCUGUUGGACCUGAUCUGCUUCUACGGGGACCGAGAGCCGGCCCAGGAGGGGGAGCCAGAGGCCGAUCAGACGGAAGCGUCCGCGGAGGAGCUGAGGAGGAAGAGAGGGCGGCUCCACCGUGCGUCUGACACCCUGCGGGGCGUGUGGCGGGAGAACAACAACGCGGAGCGGCUGUUCCGCCUGCUGCCGGAGAGAGACGCGCGGUGCUACUCGGCCGUCAUCAGGGGCAUGGUCAAACAUGGAGCUUUCGCCAAGGCGUUUGAUAUGUACACAGACAUGCUGAACAACAGGCUGACUGCUGACGUGGAUAUCUUCAACGCGCUGAUCCUGGCCGUUCCAGAAAUGAGGGAGGCCUACACAGAGAAGGUGGACUUCAUCACGGAUCUGCUGAACCAAAUGAACCAGCAGAAGGUGCAGCCCAACCUGCAGACAUUCAACAACGUUCUCAAAGUCCUGCGGCGAUGCGGAGCCCUGGCCAAGUCCAUCUCUCUGCAAACGCUCAGCGAGAUGAAGGCUCUGGGCAUAGCCCCUAGUCUUGCAUCCUUCAACCACCUCCUGGCAAUCUUCUAUAAAGGAGGAUCCGCUGCCGAUUAUCCGACUGAUAUUCUUCAGGAACUGUUGUCAGAAAUAGAAACCACUAGCUUCACCUGCCAAGACCCUGAAGACGUCUGGUUCUUCUCAAGUGCAAUGAAAAUAUGCUUGGAAACCAAAGACAUGAAGCUGGGCUACAAAGUUCACAGUUUGGUGGGAGUGGGGGACAACUGGAGGCUGUUGGGAGACUCGUACCAGCAGGGCAUGUUCUACUACCGCUUCUUCAGCCUGCUCUGCCUGAUGGAGCACGUGGACGUGGUGCUGAAGUGGUACCACCAGCUCAUGCCCUCGCUGUACUACCCCAACCCCCAGGGGAUGAGGGACCUGCUGCAGGCGCUGGACACGGAGAGCCGCCUGGAGCUGCUGCCCUCCAUAUGGAAAGAUGUGAAGACUCUGGGUCACGAUAACAAGUCUGAUUUGGUGGAGGAGCUGCUGUCCCUCAUGGCCAGAGAGAAACACAGUCCAGAGGUCCAGGAGUCGUUUGCCGACUGCGCUCUGGACAUAAAGGCGGCGUUCGACGUGGACCGCCGUAAGCCCAGCCUGGAGUGGAGCCCCUUGGCCCUCGGCCACGUCACCACCCUCCUACUGCGGGCCGGCAGGAUACCCCAGGCCUGGGAAAUGAUGCAGCUCUUCAAGUCCAAGAACAGAAUCCCCUCUGAGGCGCUGCUGGAGGACUUCCUGUCCCAGUGCUCCGGCGCCCCCACCACGGCGGUGGAGCUGGUGAAGCUGUCUGCGGCCUUCUGUUUGCCCGCCACACCCCAACGGGCCCAGCGGGUGCUGCUGGAGUUUGACCUGACGGAGGACCAGAGGACAACGCUGUCUGAGCUUGAGUCCUCGUGGGACCACAACGAAUGAAGCCAUUCUGCAUGGCUGCAACCAGACCAACCAGGGUUUCCACUCAGUAGUACAAUCUAUGUUUCUGUUCCUGUUCCUAGACAUAUUUAACCCACCAAUGACGACAAUAAAGUAAGAUGUUUAGACAUAA